GUCCUCUCUCAAUGGGAACUAUGAAGCUACUCAACUAUCAGGGACACUGCCACAUUGUGCUGCGCCCCCACAUCUCGAAAUGGCCAGGAAUUUCGUGGAGGAGCGACAACUUGGUUGCCUGAUCCGGCUUCCCGCCAAGGUUCCAUGGGGUUUUUCGAAAACUGCACUUUCUCCUCGUUUCCUUCGCUUCCCCUCAUCUUCCCUCCUUUUACUCUUCCUCCCUGCGCUACUCACUACUUUGUGAACUGUUGCUCAGGUCUUCCAUCUCGAUCUCGCAGAGCCGUCCUACAUCUUGACCACCACAUUGCCGUGUGACUAGCAACGUCAUCCACCUUCUCCAACAUGGCUUACAAUAAACCCGUAUGUACCGCCAUCCAUCCCCCUUCACCCUGGCCAUCUCCGACCAGCUACAUUCUAUUCCUCUUCUCCAACCUUCAAUCCGCGUAUUUUAUCCGAUCAUAUCAACCAAACUAACCUCAACCCCCCAGGAUAAUCCACCCCCCUCCUACCCCUCCCCCGUCCACGACGCCGGCCCCUACCACUACCCAAACCAACAGCAACCCUACCCGCAAGGCGCCUCCCAAGACUACUACAAUCAAGGCGGCUAUCCCCCGCAACAACAGGGCUACGGCCCCCCGCAAGGCGGCGGCGGUGGUUACUACCCUCCGCCGCAGGGUUAUCCGGGCUCGCCCCCGCCCCAACAGCAACCCAUGUACUACCCGCAACAACCGCCGCCGCAGGGGUAUUAUGCUGGUGGGGACCGGGGUGGAGGCUCGUCUGGGGGCGGCAUCUGUGCGGGGAUUAUGGCUGCGUUGGCUUGUUGUUGCUGUUUGGAUAUAUUGUUUUAGGGGAUGGCUGACUGGUUUUGGAGGGUGGUUGUGUUGAUGAUGAUGAUGAUGAUGGUUGACGGAAGGAUGUUUGGGGUUGGGUUCGUACUGGGGUUCUAGCUGGAUUGGGGUUCGGGCGCUGAUGGUUCCCUUUUUGUGAUCAUUUUUGGUUUGCUUUUGAGGGUUGGUUAAGGAGGGGCGGGGGUUCUGGAAGUUGUGUGUUUUUAUUGGGAUGGAGUGAUGAUUUAUUCUAGGUAUUUAUCUUUCUUACUUCUGUCUGUAUGGGGUUGCUAUGUUAGAUAGGCGAUGCUAUUGCUUUCCUCGGCUUAUCUGUAUUGCUGCUCAGACGGAAAAUUCGGAUUCCAUAGCAUAGGUAGUUAGUUACUGUCAAUCAUCAAUCAUCAUUAUCAUUAGU